AUGUCACGUAUAAUUGGGUCUCUCUUACUUCAACUUUGUGAAGGAAGAGAGACAAUAACAAUUGACAAUGAGAUCAGAGACGACAAUGAAACGCUAGUAUCAGCUGGAGAACGAUUUCGAUUGGGUUUCUUCACUCCAGAAGGAGUCCAUAACAAAGAGAGAUUCGUCGGGAUAUGGUACUACAGAGAUCCAAAAACAGUUGUAUGGGUGGCCAACCGAAAUAAAAAUCUCUCCGAUUCCUUUGGAGUUUUUGGCAUUGCUGAUGAUGGCAACCUCAAGGUACUCGAUAGAAAUAAAAUUACUUACUUUUCCACUGAUCUCGAAAGCUCUUCUGCUUCUAACAGGACAGUGAAGCUGUUUGAUUCUGGAAACUUGGUUUUAAUUGAUAAUCAAUCAGGAAGUGUUUUAUGGCAAAGCUUUGAUCACCCAACAGACACUUUUCUCCCCGGAAUGAAGAUGGAUGACAAAAAAAAAUUGACCUCAUGGAAAAGUGCAAAAGACCCAGGAAGGGGAAACUUUACGUUCGAACUAGAUGAAGAACUCAGCAACGGACCUAUUUACCUCACCCGGCAAAGAACGACGACAUACUGGAAAAGUGGAGAUUCAGGUGGAUUCGACAGCCCCAACGAAUUGCCCUCAGGAGUGGCUUACUUGCUCUCAAAUUUUAGUACGAAGUCAAAAAGGUACAAAAAUCUUAUAGUUACUGAACGCUCUUACAAUAAUACGAGGCUGUUGAUGAACUCCUCUGGCGAGAUACAAUAUUUUAAUUGGAGUAACGGUAACAACUUGUGGUCGUUGAUAUGGUCAGAGCCUCGCGACAAUUGUAGUGUAUAUAAUUUUUGUGGCAAAUUUGCUAGCUGCAACAGCCAGAAUAGUACAGUGUGCAGCUGUGUGGCAGGGUGUGAGCCUGUUUCACCGGAAAACUGGGUUACGGGAGAUUUUGAAAGUGGGUGUACUCGGAAAUCACCAACAUGCAACAAGGAGGGGAGUGAUAUUUUUCACAACUUGAUGCUGAUGAAGGUGGGGAAACCGGACUCGCAGUCGUACGACGCGGCCGAUAGUGAUGAGGCUUGCAGAAAGGAGUGUCUUGACAAUUGCCAUUGCCAGGCUUAUUUAUAUAAUGGAGGCAAUGAUACAGGAAGGGUAAGUGAUAACAGUACACAUGGAUGCUGGAUUUGGAACACGGAUCUCAUCAAUCUUCAGGAGGGAUACCCCGACUAUAACCUUUCGAUCCGUGUGGCAGCUUUCGAGAUAGGUAUUUUCGGUUAA